AUGGCUGCGGGGGACCAGUACGUGCAGGGUGCCCGGGUGUGGAUCCCUGACUGUGUUGAAGUCUGGAGGGUGGCAGAAAUAACCAGAGACUACAAGGAAGGAGACACUGUUCUCCAUCUCUGCCUGGAAGAUGGCUCGGCACUGGCCUACCCCAUCGAGUUCCAGCUGCCACCUCUCUGCAACCCUGACUGCCUCUCAGACGCUGAUGACCUGGUGGCCCUGAGCUACCUGCAUGAGCCGGCUGUGCUGCACUCACUCCGCCGGCGCUUCCUGGAGGCCAACGCCAUCUACACCUACUGUGGUAUCAUCCUUGUUGCUAUCAACCCCUACAAGCCAUUGCCCAUCUAUGAGGAGGAGGUGAUAUAUGCCUACAGUGGCCAUGAAAUGGGGGACAUGGAUCCCCAUAUCUUUGCUUUGGCGGAGGAGGCAUACAAGCAGAUGGUGAGGUUUGGGAAGAACCAGUCCCUCAUCAUCAGUGGUGAAUCAGGUGCAGGGAAGACUGUGUCAGCCAAGUAUGCCAUGAGAUACUUCACAACUGUUGGGGGCUGCCUAGGUGACUCCAGCAUGGAGGAGAAGGUGCUGGCCUCCAGCCCUGUGAUGGAGGCCUUUGGGAAUGCAAGAACAACCAGGAAUGACAACAGUAGCCGCUUUGGGAAGUACAUAAAGAUUGGCUUCAGCCAAGCAUGUGUCACAGGGGCCACCAUCAAAACCUACCUGCUGGAGAAGUCCCGUGUCACCUUCCAGGCGAAAGCAGAGAGGAACUACCACAUCUUCUACCAGCUUUGUGCCUCGGCCACCCUGCCAGAGCUCCAGGGCCUGGGUCUCCAUGGGGCAGAGUCCUUCCAUUACACCUGCCAGGGCCAGUGCACCGCUCCCCAGAGCACCACCGAUGCAGCUGACUUGGAUAGCACACGGCAUGCCUUCUCGCUCCUGGGUGUUCCUGAGGCUGACCAGCUGGAGCUGUUCAACAUCCUGGCUGCUAUCCUGCACCUGGGCAACAUCGUGGUCAGAGGGAGGGACCGCCGUGGGGAUGGCUGCUUUGUGGAGCCUGCUGAUGAGGCCCUAGGGCUGUUCUGCGCACUGCUGGGCAUUGAGGCAUCACAGGUGAUGCACUGGCUCUGCCACCGCAAGCUGGUCACUGCUGGUGAGACCUACCUGAAGCCCCUCUCCAGGCAGCAGGCACUCAACUCCCGGGAUGCCCUGGCCAAGCAUAUGUACGGGCAGGUCUUCAGGUGGAUGGUGAGCAGGGUCAACUGUGCCCUGCGGUCACUGGAGGGGCACCAUACCUCCAUUGGCAUCCUGGACAUUUAUGGGUUUGAGAUGUUUGAGCUCAACAGCUUUGAGCAGUUCUGUAUCAACUAUGCCAAUGAGAAGCUGCAGCAGCUCUUCAACCUGCAUGUUUUCAAGCUGGAGCAGGAGGAGUAUGUGACUGAGGAGAUCCCUUGGGUCUUCGUUGACUUUUGUGACAACCAGCCAUGCAUUGAACUCAUUGAGGGCCGGCUUGGCAUCUUGGACCUGCUGAAUGAGGAGUGCAAGAUGCCCCAAGGUAGUGAUGGGAGCUGGGCCCAGAAACUUUACCAGAUCCAUCUUGGCAGCUCACACUUCCAGAAGCCCAAGAGGCCCACGGAUGCUUUCGUUGUCUGCCACUUUGCUGGCAAGGUGGAAUACCAGUGUGAUGGGUUUGUGGAGAAGAACAGGGAUGCUGUCCCUGAGGAGCUGGUAGGGCUGCUGCGAGCCAGCAAGAAGUCUACCCUGCUCACUGAGAUCUUCCUGGAGGAAGGAGAUGGCCCCGUGUCCCUGCAGUCCCGCAGGUCCAGUGGGCCCAGGAUGGCUGGUCGCCCUAGCCGCAGAUCGCUGCCCAGUAGCCAAAAAAGCAAGAGGUCCAUCUCCAGCCAGUUCAAAGUUUCCCUGAAUAAGCUGAUGGAGAUGCUGAGCAGCACCACAUCGCACUACAUUCGCUGCAUCAAACCCAAUGAUGGCAAGCAGCCCUUUGUGUUUGACUCCAGGCGAGCAGUAGAGCAGCUACGAGCCUGCGGGGUCCUGGAGACCAUCCGGAUCAGUGCCUCAGGCUAUCCCUCCAGGUGGACAUACCAGGAGUUCUUAGAGAGGUACAGGGCUCUGGUGAGCAGAGAGGAGUUGAUGGGCACUCAGGAGAAGCAGAUCUGCAGCCUUGCCCUUGAGAGACUGCUCCAAGACCCCAGCAAGUACCAGUGUGGGAAGAACAAGGUGUUUUUCCGGGCUGGCCAAGUGGCUUACCUGGAGGACCUGCGGUACCGGCGGCUGAAGGCAGCCUGUACCUUGCUGCAGAGGCACCUGCGGGGCUGGCUGGCACGGAGGCGCUUUGGACGGACACGUGCUGCAGCAGUCUGCCUGCAGCGUCAUGCCCGGGGCAUGCUGGCCCGGAGGUUCACCAGGAUGCUGCGAAGGACCAGGGCUGCUGUGGUGCUGCAGAAGACCCUGAGGAUGGUUCUGGCCCGGCGCUCCUACCUACGCAUGCACCAGGCUGUCAUCACCAUCCAAGCCUUUGCCCGGGGCAUGUUUGCCCGGCGUCUUUACCAACAGAUGGUGAGGCACCAGAAAGCUGUGGUGAUCCAGGCUGCUGUCAGGGGCUGGCUGGCAUGCCGGGAGCUGCGGCGGCUGCGUGUUGAGGCACGCUCGGUUGAGCACUACAAGCAGCUGCACAAGGGCAUGGAGAUCAAGGUGAUACAGCUGCAGUGCAGGCUGGAUGAGCAGGCCCAGGAGAAGCAGCGGCUGGUGGAGCAACUUUUGCAGCUGAAUGCUGCCCAUGCUGAGGAGGUGCAGCGCCUGCAGGCAGAGAUGCAGCGGCUGCGGGAGGAUGCGGCCCAUGACAUCCAGGUCCAGCAGCUGCAAGAGCGUCUGGCUGAGCUGGAGAGGCACAGCAUGAAAAGCUGCCUGGGCCAGGAGGUUGAGGAGCUCAGGCAGCGCUUGGCAGAGGUGGAAGCCAUGAAGCUGCAGCUGGGGGAGGAGAGGGAUGCCCUAAUCCAGCGCAUGUCAGAGCAGUCACAGGACCUGGAAGAGCAGCACCAGCGUGCGGCACGGGAGAGCCAGGGAUUGCUGCAGGAGCUGGAGGAGGAGCGGGCACGCUACCAGAGCCUGGUGCAGGAGUACACCCGCCUGGAGCAGGGCUAUGAGAACCUGCGGGAUGAGGUGGCCUUCCACAGGCAAAGCACCUUGAGACGGUCCCCUUCAUCAGAGAGCUUCUUGGGCUCCGAGAGCAGCUACUUAUCCUCCAUGUCCACAGCUCCCUCGCGAGAUGGCUCCGACCAGCAGGCUGAGGGGCUGGAGGAGCGCUGGCAGCCAGUGCCAGAGGGGCUGCACCCACAGCCCAGCAGUGUGGGCCAGGAUCCCUUUGAGAAGGCAUACCUUCUCCUCCUGGGGCAGCUCAAUGCUGCCAAUGAGGAGCUAGCCCGGACCCGGGAGGAGCUGCGGAGGACCAAGGCCCCCAUGGAGCAGGAGGAGAGGAAACCAUUGGACUUCCUCAAGCGCAGGCACAUAGCUGAGAUGCUGGGGCUGGGCAGGAGCCCAGAGAAGGUGGAUGAUGACUUGAAGCACGCAUAUGAUGCGGUACAGGUUGCCAAUAAGCUGCUGGCAAGUCAGCUGCGAGAGGAGAAGCAGCAGCAUGAGGAGGAGGUAGAAGGUCUGCACCUCGAUAUUUGCUCACUCAAGAAGCUGAGCCAGCAGCAAGCAGCUCUUAUCCAGGACCUGCAGCGGCACCAGGAGCAGGAGGGGCUGCAGCACUGUGUCCUGCAGCUCCAGGAGGAGAACCGGGAGCUGGCCCAGAAGCUGGAGAAGCAGGAGAGGACCACACUGAAGCUCCAGAAGCAACUGAGAAUCUAUGUGGAGCAGAUCCAAGAGCUCACAGGCAAAGAGGCUAUCGGGCCAGCACAGGAGUUGGCAGCGUCCGCUAUGGUCCUUUCCCAGUCCCAGGCCAUGCUAGCGUGGAGGAUGGAGGAUGAAGGGCGCAUUAUCAAGGCUGUCAUCACAGACUACAAACCACAGAGAAGCCCUGGGAUGCUCCCAGACCUGCCUGCCUACAUCCUCUUCCUGUGCUUCCGGCAUGCAGAUCACUGCUGUGAUGAGCUGCGGGCCCGCUCGCUCCUGGAUGCAGCCAUCAAUGCAAUCAAAAGGGUCAUGAAGAAGCACAGUGAUGACUUUGACAUGGUGGCACUCUGGCUUGCCAACACCUGCCGGCUCCUGAACUGCCUGCACCAGUACAGCCAGGAUAAGAGCUACUGCCAGGGGAACACGGUACGGCAGAACAAGCAUCGCCUGCAGAACGUGGACCCCCAGAGCUCCUGCCGCAGCCUGGGUGCCCUGGCUGUCCAGCUCUAUCAGCAGCUCAUCCGCACAGCUGAGAAGCACCUCAAACCCAUGAUUGUUGCUGCAAUGCUGGAAAGUGAGCCCAUACAGGGCUUGUCAUCUUCCUGCCCUCCUGGCCACCACCGGUCCUCGGCAGCCCCUGCCCACACCCUGCCUGAGCUGCUGCAGCAGCUGGGCUCCUUCCGUGCAGUGCUGGACCGCCAUGGGCUGGCGCCCAGUGUAGGGCACCAGGCCCUACGCCAGCUCCUCUUUCUCAUCAGUGGCACCACCCUCAACUACCUGCUGCUGAGAAAGGACACAUGCUCCUGGAGCCGUGGCAUUCAGCUCAGGUACAACAUCAGCCAGCUGGAACAGUGGCUGCGGGCAGAGGGGCUGCACCAGAGUGGGGCCCGUGAGGUGCUGGAGCCCCUGGUCCAGGCUGCCCAGCUGCUGCAGGUGAAGAAGGUGACAGAGGAGGACGCUGCAGCUCUCUGCAGCCUGUGCACGGUGCUGUCGCCCCAGCAGGUCGUGAAGAUACUCCGGGCUUACACCCCAGCUGUUGGGCUGGAGGAGCGCAUCAGUCCCAGCUUCAUCAGCAGUGUUGAGAAGCAGCUGCAGGACCAGUAUGGAGGGAGACCCAGCCAGCUCCUGGUGGAUACUAGCCACCUCUUCCCUGUGCACCUGCCCUUCGUCGCCUCCCCCCUGCACCUGGAUGAGCUCCGCAUCCCUGAUGCCCUUGACCUGGCCUUCCUUGUCCCCCUCUGA